CUGAUUCUCCAAAUGACCCUGAAAUUAAAUAGCUACAUUGAAUUAAAGAAUGUUGUGACCAGUUACCACCACAAUUGCUUCAACAAUGACACUCUUUCAUCAAUCAAACAUUUGGUGAGAAUUUAAUGAGUCAAAAAUAAGUUUGUAAUAAGUAAAAUCAAUAAGAAAGAAUGGAAAUAGAAUCAUUCAUGUUCAAAAACAAUAAAAAUAAGAAGUCAUUUGCAACUAUUUUCACACUAAGAGCCGCUGGAACAUAACAUAAUUUUCCUCGAAUUUUCAGUGAUUGAUACACCCACCACGCCACACCACACCACGCCAUGUCCGUUCGUUCAUCGUCCUCGUCUGGAUCUUCGAGCAGUACCAUUGCAUGGAUCGGUUAUGGCGUAGCUGCCAUUACAGCUGCAGCAGUUGGAGCCCGCUUCUGUCUGGGUCGAUCCACUAAGUUCCGAAGCCGAGUCGUUGGCAUCAUCCCUGCCCGUUUUGCUUCCUCCCGCUUUGAGGGCAAGCCUCUCGUUCAGAUCCUCGGGAAGCCUAUGAUACAGAGAACGUGGGAAAGGGCAAAGCUUGCGGGUUCAUUGGAUCAUAUUGUUGUGGCCACGGAUGAUGAUAAGAUUGCAGAAUGCUGUCGAGGAUUUGGUGCCCAUGUCAUAAUGACAUCAGUGUCUUGUCGAAAUGGUACUGAGCGUUGCAAUGAAGCUCUUCAGAAGCUUGAUAAGAAUUAUGACAUAGUUGUCAACAUUCAGGGCGAUGAGCCUCUUCUUGAACCUGAGAUAAUAGAUGGGAUUGUUAAAGCUUUGCAGGAAGCACCUGAUGCAGUGUUUAGCACUGCAGUUACACCUUUAAAACCAGAGGAUGCCUUUGAUCCAAAUAGAGUGAAAUGUGUGGUGGACAACCGAGGUUAUGCGAUCUACUUUUCAAGGGGGUUGAUUCCAUAUAACAAGUUGGGGAAGGUCAAUCCACAAUUUCCAUAUUCGCUUCAUCUUGGUAUCCAGAGCUAUGAUUCCAAGUUUCUCAAGAUAUAUUCUGAGCUUGAACCUACUCCCUUACAACUAGAAGAGGAUCUGGAGCAGCUCAAAGUACUUGAAAAUGGGUACAAGAUGAAGGGAUUUUUGAGAAACUUAGUUUGCGACUGGAAGGGGGGCUGAAGAGAGAGACGACGGCUGAGAGUGGAGAAUACCAUUGGAGGACUAUAAGACUGUAGCACUCACUGAAGAGUGCAGUGCGAUAUUACAAAGGAAGUUACCCCAAAAGCUGAGAGAUCCAGGGAGCUUCACCAUACCUUGCACCAUUGGCAAGUUUGAAUGCAAACACGCUUUAUGUGAUCUGGGGGCAAGUAUUAAUCUGAUGCCAUUAUCUGUGUUUAGAAGACUUGGCUUGGGGGAGGCAAAACCAACAACUGUCACUCUACAACUAGCAGACCGAUCGGUGACACAUCCACGGGGUAUUAUUGAAGAUUUUCUUGUGAAGGUGGAUAAGUUUAUAUUUCCAGCUGACUUUAUCGUUCUGGACAUGGAGGAGGAUACGAAUGUACCAAUUAUUCUCGGUAGGCCAUUUCUAGCCACAUGCCAAGCUCUUAUUCAUGUUCACAAAGGAGAGCUUAAGCUUAGAGUUCAAGGAGAUAAGGUGGUCUUUAAUGUCUUCAAGGCCAUGAAGUAUCCGGUGGCUAGUGACAGUUGCUAUAGUGUGGAUGUGAUAGAGAAGGCAGUCUCGAAGAGAAGGAUGAAUAGUGAUGUCUUAGAGGCAGUAUUAUUGGGUGAUGAGGUCGAUGAUGAUGAUGCUGAGAUAAGAGAUUGCGUAAACUGGAUCAACUCUUUCUUGCCAUACUGGAAGAAGUUUCAAGAAUUAGCAGAUGCGCCUGAUAAACCGCUAACAUCCAUUCAGCAGCCACCGCAGCUGGAAUUGAAGGUUCUCCUAGAUCAUUUGCGAUAUGCAUAUUUGGGAGAGAAUGAAACUUUACCUGUCAUUGUGUCAGCUGACCUGUCAAAGAUAGAAUUGGAGAAACUGUUGAGGGUUUUAAGGGAGCAUAAAUUGGCCAUUGGGUGGACCUUGGCGGAUAUUAGAGGAAUAAGCCCAUCGAUAGUAAUGCAUAAAAUCUUAUUGGAGGAGGAUAGCAAGCCAUCCAUAGAGGCCCAGAGAAGACUCAAUCCAGCCAUGAA